CAUAUCGUGCACAUAUAUGCAAUUUAUAUUCUCGUGUAAACUAAGCAAACUAGAUUCGAAAGAAGAGAAAAAUGGCAGCUGAAGAAGGACAGGUGAUCGGUGUUCAUACCGUUGAACAGUGGAAGGAGGAGAUCCAGAAGGGAAAUGACUCCAAAAAACUGAUUGUGGUGGAUUUUACUGCUUCAUGGUGUGGUCCAUGCCGUUUUAUUGCUCCAAUUCUAGCUGAGAUUGCUAAGAAGAUACCUGAAGUCAUCUUCCUCAAGGUGGAUAUUGAUGAAGUAAAGAGUGUUGCUAAGGAAUGGUCUGUUGAGGCUAUGCCAACAUUCUUGUUCUUGAAAGAAGGUAAGGAAGUGGAUAAGGUAGUCGGUGCUAGGAAGGAAGAGCUGGAAAAUGCAAUCACCAAGCAUAAGGAUGCAACUGUUGCUACUGCUUGAAGUAUUAGAUGAAGAUCAUGAAUAAUAAUAUUACAUUUAUCCUUUGUCGGUUUUCAUGUUUUUAUUAUGCUUGAAAAUAAAUUGUUGCAUUGGCCUACUUCAAUUGACUAGUGAGUAGUGACUAAAAUUUGUUUGUAUCAUUAUGAUAAUUUGAUGUAAAUGCCAUGGUCCCUUUGUUGAUGGUUGGCAAUUAUGUUGAUGAAAAUGGUCCCUUCUUCUGGUUGAUUACUAUUGACCAACAAUUAAGCUGAUA